AUGGCCGGAGCCCCGACCUGCGGGCUGCAGGAUGUGAAGGAGGGCAAGGACUACCAUUUCCCCACGGAGGAGGAGGCUGUGCUGGCCUUCUGGACCGAGAUCGACGCCUUCAGGGCCCAGCUGGAGCGCACCAAGGGCUCCCCCGAGUACUCCUUCUACGACGGCCCCCCCUUCGCCACGGGCCUGCCCCACUACGGCCACCUCCUGGCAGGCACCCUGAAGGACAUUGUCACCCGGUACGCCGCCUGCACGGGGCACCACGUGGAGCGCCGCUUCGGCUGGGACUGCCACGGGCUGCCCGUGGAGCAUGAGAUUGACAAGCAGCUGAACAUCACCACCCGCGACGACGUGCUGGCUAUCGGCAUCGACACCUACAACGAGGCGUGCCGGGCCAUCGUCAUGCGCUACUCUGGCGAGUGGGAGAAGGUGGUCACGCGCAUGGGGCGCUGGAUCGACUUCCGGAACGACUACAAGACCAUGGACCCCUCCUUCAUGGAAAGCGUCUGGUACGCCUUCAAGCAGCUCUUUGACAAGGGCCUGGUCUACCGCGGCUUCAAGGUCAUGCCCUACUCCACCGGCCUGUCCACCCCAUUGUCCAACUUCGAGGCGGGGCAGAACUACAAGGACGUCAGCGACCCCUGCGUCUCCGUGGCCUUCCCCCUGGAUGGCGACGAGGAAGGCGCGGCGCUGGUGGCCUGGACCACCACACCCUGGACUUUGCCCUCCAACCUCGCGCUCUGCGUGCACCCCACGCUGGAGUACGUGCGGGUGAGGGACCCCGCCAGCGGCCAGGUCUACAUUGUGCUGGAGAGCCGGCUGUCGGAGAUCCCCGGCGCCCUGCCCCCCAAGGCCGGGGCCAAGAAGAAGAAGGACGCAGGGGAGGGCGCGGCGGCGCCCGCCGGCUUCCAGGUGCUGGCCCGCUUCCCCGGCGCGGAGUUGGCGGGGCGGACCUACGCCCCCGCCUUCCCCUACUUUGCGCACCUGAAGCAGCACGGCGCGUUCAAAGUCAACGUGGACACCUACGUCACCGCCGACUCCGGCACAGGGGUGGUUCACCAGGCCCCGGCUUUCGGGGAGGAGGACUAUCGCGUGUGCCUGGCCUCGGGUGUCAUCUCCAAGGGAGAGGACCUGCCCUGCCCAGUGGAUGCCGCUGGACGCUUCACCGCGGAGGUGACCGACUUUGCGGGCCAGUAUGUCAAGGAUGCGGACCGUGGCAUCAUCAAGUGGCUCAAGGAGGCUGGCCGCCUGGUGGAUCAGGGCCAGCUGGUGCAUUCCUACCCCUUCUGCUGGCGCUCCGACACGCCGCUCCUGUACAAGGCGGUGCCCUCCUGGUUUGUGCGCGUGGAGGAGAUCAAGGACCGCCUGCUGGCCAACAACCGGCAGACGUCCUGGGUGCCGGCCUUCGUGCAGGAGAAGCGCUUCCACAACUGGCUGGAGAACGCGCGGGACUGGGCCAUCUCGCGCUCCCGCUUCUGGGGCACCCCCCUGCCCAUCUGGGUGUCAGAGGACUUCUCCGAGGUCGUGGUCAUAGGCUCCAUCGCCGAGCUGGAGGCGCGCACUGGCGAGAAGGUGACGGACCUGCACCGCCACUUCAUCGACCAGCUGACCAUCCCCGCUGCCGACGGCCGGGGCGUGCUGCGGCGCGUGGACGAAGUCUUUGACUGCUGGUUCGAGUCCGGCAGCAUGCCCUACGCCCAGAAGCACUACCCCUUUGAGAACCGGGACACCUUUGCCGCCACCUUCCCCGCGGACUUUGUGUCCGAGGGGCUCGACCAGACCCGGGGCUGGUUCUACACCCUCAUGGUCCUCUCCACCGCCCUCUUCGACAAGCCCGCGUUCAAGAACCUGAUCUGCAGCGGCCUGGUGUUGGCCGCCGAUGGGAAGAAGAUGAGCAAGCGCCUGAAGAACUAUCCGGACCCGAUGGAGGUGGUGCACAAGUACGGCGCAGACGCGCUGCGCCUCUACCUGAUCAACUCCCCCGUGGUGCGCGCGGAGACGCUCAAGUUCCGCGAGGACGGCGUGUUUGGCGUGGUCAAGGACGUGUUCCUGCCCUGGUACAACGCGUACCGCUUCCUGGUCCAGAACGUGCGGCGGUGGGAGGGCGAGACAGGCGAGGCCUUUAACCCUGCCUCGCCCGACUACGGCGCCGCCUCGGGGUCCACCAAUGUGCUGGACCGCUGGAUCCGGGCCGCCACGCGCUCGCUGGCAGCCUACGUGCACGCUGAGAUGGGCGCCUACCGGCUCUACACCGUGGUCCCGUACCUUGUCCGCUUCAUCGAUGACCUGACCAACGUGUAUGUGCGGCUCAACCGCCGGCGGCUGAAGGGACGCGGCGGCACGCGCGACGCCGGGCAGGCCCUGGCCGUGCUCUUCGAUGUCCUGCUGGACGUCUGCUCGAUCAUGUCCCCCUUCACUCCCUUCUUCACCGAGGCCAUGUACGGCAACCUGCGCCGCGCGCUGGGGCCGGACGCGCCCGUCUCCAUCCACCUCCGCGACCUGCCCAAGGCCCAGGACGCGCAGGAGGGCGACGCCCAGAUUCAGGACAGCGUGCGCCGCAUGACGACGGUGGUGGAGCUGGCGCGCACCAUCCGCGACCGCCACGCGCGCGGCGUCAAGGUCCCCGUCGCGCGGCUGACGGUGGUGCACCCCGACGCCGACUUCCUGGCCGACAUCUCCGGCCCGCUGUCCGCCUACGUGGCGGAGGAGUGCAACGCACGCGCCCUGAAGGUCUGCGCCGACCCGCUGCGCUUCUGCUCGCUGUCCGCCGCGCCGGAGUGGGGCGUGCUGGGCCGGCGCCUGGGCAAGCGCAUGGGCGCCGUGGCCGCGGGCGUGGCCGCGCUGACCCAGGACCAGAUCCUGGCCUUCGAGCUCGAAGGGGAGGUCGUCGUGGCCGGCGAGCGCCUGGGCCCCGGCGACGUCAAAAUCGGCGCGGGCCUGGCGCGCGAGGCGGUCAACCGCGUGCAGCGCCUGCGCAAGAAGGCGGGCCUGCAGGCCGGCGACCCCGUGCAGGUGGUGCUGUGCCUGCGCGGCGCCGGCGAGGCCGAGGAGCGCCUGCGCGCCGCGCUGCGCGCCGAGGCCGACGCCGUGGCCGACGCACUGGGCCGCGCGCUGCGCCUGGAGCAGGUGCCCGCAACCGGCGUGCUGGCGCGGGAGGAGCAGAGCCUACGCGUCGGCGACGCCGAUGUCGCCUUCGAGCUCGCGCUCCUGCCCGACCCCUGA